AUGAGACUUUUAGAUCAAUAUACCUCAUUUUGUUUAAUAAUAGCUCAUCCAGAUGAUGAAACAUUGUUUUUUGGUCCCCUAAUUAAUCAUUUCUCAAAUCAAUCAAAUAUAUCACUUUAUUUACUUUGUCUAUCAAAUGGUAAUUAUUACAACAAGGGCUAUAUUAGAGAAAAUGAACUAUUAAAUGCUUGUAGAAUAAUUGGUAUUCAACAGGCUAAUAUAUAUAUACUUAAUAAUGAAAAUUUACAAGACAAUCCAUAUAUAUACUGGCCUAGUGAUGUAAUUAUAAAAGAAGUUUAUUCAUUUAUCAAUAAACAUCAUAUUGAAUGUAUUAUUACAUUUGAUUGUUAUGGAAUUUCAUAUCAUUUAAAUCAUAUUUCAAUAUAUAAUGCUAUUAAAAUAAUAAAAGAGGACAAAUCUCUAUUAGAAUCAUCAAAUCUGAAAAUUAUCCUUACUUUGAAUACAUGUAACGUAUUUAUAAAAUAUUUAGGUAUAUAUUCAUUAUUUUGGUUAUUAAUAAAAAGAAGGUAA